UACUUUUUUUUUUUUUUUUUUUAAAUAUUCGUUUUCGGUACAGGAUAGAGUCAGUGUUUCUCGAAGGAAUAGGGUAAUCAUCCACCACGCGAAGAGUUUCUACUUCCUGAUGAUGACCACUUUGACGAUGACAUCUUGGGCCACGACAAUGCAGAUUCUUCGCAUCUAUUGGUGAGUCGCAUGCAUUUAUGUUCCUCCGAUCAUUCAAUCAUGUCGUAGGAUGAAAGAUCCGAAUCGACACGAAUGAUUGGUUGUAUACGUAGAUUUUUGUACGAGCACAGUGACCGCGGGUAUUUAUCAUAUCCGUGAAUAGUAACAUUUCUUUCAUUGUAUUUUAUUUAUUAGAUCAGGAUAGAUCUUCUUGCACGUCGCGUUUUUAAGAUAAUAUUUUAAUAUGAUCAGUAUAAAUGAUUAGUUUGAUUAUUUAUAGUUGAAAAUGUUUUAAUCAUUUGUAAAAUAAAGAUUAAGCAACUAUAUGAAUCGAACUAUAUGAAUUUAGUAGUAAAUAAAAAGGAAUAUUCGAAUAAAUGAGAAAUAUUGAAUUGAUUUUAAUUAAAUCUCCCGUAGUGAAGAAGAAUGUGACUUUGUUAUAUAAUGGAUAAAAAUAGUAUAUAGUAGUCGAUUAUACAAUAAAAUGCAUAUUAUUAUUACUGACAUAAUAAACAAUUUUCAGUUUUACUUUUAAUCAUAAUAUGUAAUUAUUUGAUAUAUUUUAAAUUUAUAAUAAAUAUGAUUUGAAUUAAAUUAAAUAAAAAAAUAUUUAAUUUCCUCCGUAAAAAGAAAUGUAUGAAAUAUUAUGUGCAAGAAGAUAUUUCGCGACAGGUAGAUUUCUGAAUCAGAGCAAUAAGUUUUGCACAUUGAUUUUUCAUUUUCGAACAAAUGCUUUGAUGAAGAGAUCGCCUGAGGUUAUUUUUAUUAAUAUUUCAUUUAGAGUCAAUCAUUUUUUAUUAUUAAUUAUUACAAAUAAAUAUCUUUUUUAUUGUAUUUUUAUUAAAAUUAAUGAUUCAAUAAUUCAUUAAAUUUAUUAACUAAAAUAUUUAUUAAAGAAUGAAAUAAAAUAAUAUAAUUUUAGCCCGUUAAAUUCGCACUAACACUUUUUUUUUAGCUCAGGAUUUUCAGGUUUAACCCCUUCCAUGUCUAUUGCCAGGAUCUCACUCACGUGCCCAAGUGCUACUUGGGUGAGAGAGAGGCGAUGGGCAUGAUGAUCUUAGUUUAUAAGCUAAUAAACAUUUUUUAGCGACUGACGAUGCGUUAGUGUAUCGUGCACGACGUAUUUUCCGCAUUAUGUGUGUGUGGUUAGGCUGUGGAAUUGCGUCGUUUCAUUUAUCAUUCCAUAACACAAUAUAACUUGAAAUAUUUAAAAUAUUAAAGAUUAAUAUCAUGAUAACAUUUUCAACAACAAUAUUUUUACGCAAUAUUAUAAUUCUUAUUUUUAAAUUGACUUUCAAAAAUGAUAAUGGUCAAUAGUGAUCCAUUUUUCAUGCUAUUUUAGUAACUUAAUUGCCUUAAAAGAUAUAUCCAGAUUUAUCAAUAAAUAUUCAUAAUUAAAAUUAAGAUAUAUAUACGUGUGUUUAUCGCAUUUCACGCAAUGGUCAUUAGCCAUCGUCAGUUGAUUUCAGGAAAAUGGUACGUAAAGUUAGAGUGUGCAAGUUGUAUGCCAAGCUCGGGUGUCGGAGGCGUCCCGGGACGCUUUCCCUAGUGUAGGCUUUUGCGCCCGAGUAUUAUGCGUGAGAAUCGUAGAAUGAAUGUGUUGGUAUGCCUGUUUUGCCAUUUUUUAAAUAUAGGGUUAGGUAGGAUAGGUAGUAUAUUUCUGGUGUGUCUGUUAAUUAUAAGUAGGUAGGGCCGGGCAGGUUGUCACAGUCUCUGAUCGGGUAGGCGCGUUUUCGCGUGACAACUUGUUUCAGGAAAUAUAAUUUGAAAAAUGGAGGAUGAAGCUGGAAUAUGCGAAUGGAGCAUGCCAUUCGUAUUUGGCUUUAUUCAUCGAUUUUUCGAAUUUCCGCGGUCGCGGUCGCGAGAUAAAUUCGAAACGAACGUUGCGCUCGAGAUUCUGCACGUGUACGAUCGACGAUCGUAAUCGAUAGUUGGUCGUCUACGCGCACUUAGCUUUCGCGGUUUAGUCUUUUUUUUUUCUUUUUUUCUUUGAUUUGCGAUUAGUGAGUCUCGAGCCUAGAUUUAAGUUUCAGCGGGCAUUGCGCCCGAAGGAGGAAGACCGAAGAGGCCUCGACAAAUUGUCGCGAAGAGGGGCUGCAACGAAUGGGUUCUCAUUUUUUGGAUCUGUUUUUUGGGUCCAAAGAAUGGGAAGUCAUUGUUACUAUUUCGUCAUUGUGCUCGUUUUAGUAUAUGUAGUAAUUGUGUUGUGUUGUCUGGCCGAUUGCAUGCAGGCCCAUCAUCCAGAUCCAGUCAUCAUGGGCAUCGCGAUUUUUUAUUAGUGUUGCGUUUUAAAUUUCGCGUUUGCAUUAGUGUUGCGUCAAAUGAGAAAAUCGCGUUUGCAUUAGUGUUGCGUCAAAUGAGAAAAUCGCGUUUGCAUUAGUGUUGCGUCAAAUGAGAAAAUCGCGUUUGCAUUAGUGUUGCGAGUUAUGAUAUAUCGCGAUUUUGUUUGUUUCUUACAAAAUAAUAUUAUAAUUUAUAUUAUCACUUGUUAUUAAUUUUUCCAUUUUUAAUUAUUAGUAGCUUUCUAAUUGUAACAGAAGUAAUGAUUUUUAUUGAAUUUGUUUUAAAAAGUAGCGUAGCGUCCAUAAAUAAUCGCGUUUUUUCAAGUAGUGUUGCGAAUAUUAAAUGCCCAAAUUUCCACUAAGAUUGUGGAAGUGCUUCUGUUCCUGUUCCUGAAUCACCUUAAGUGGCUAAAAAAGCUACAAGGGUGAUUGUACGACGGCAGUCGUUAAGGAGACUGCGCUGGAUUUUUCGCCAUUAGUGUUGCGUUAUUUAAUUUCGAGUGCAUAGAGUAGUGUUGCGUGAAUAAUUGAUUUUCGCGAAUAUUUCAUCUUUUUUUUUUUUUUUUUCGUAAAUUAAAUAUUGCAAAUAUAUUAAAGCACUCAUCGCGUUUGAUUUUUUAAAAAAAAUAUUAGUUUAUUAGUGUUGCGAUACAAAAUGAACAUUCCACUUGCGGUUUUUUGCUCGGGUUCGUAUCGAGUGGAAGAUUUCUUUUUUCAGCCUUAUUACUUUGUUACAGGAAAUAUUAUCAUAGUAUAUUGUAUUUAUUUGAAACGAAGGAGGCAAUGACUCGAGAUUUGCAGAUUUGCAGCCGAUAUUCUCUUCAAUGAAGAUUCUUAAAAUAGUAGUAGCAGUUUCGAAAUCGAAAGGAACUUUCACACAUCUGUUAAGGAGCAGGCAACGUGCGGUUCCUUGGAUUAUACGUGUGGAAAUAGAUGCCUCCCCCUUGGAACGUGCCUCUUCAAAUAUUUAGUUCCAGCUGGAAUUCAUGGUGAAGGGAGGAUGAAGAAUGCCCCGCGUCGGUGGAGACGGGGGUGGCGGGGCGGAGAAGGCAGGAGGAAGUGGAUUCGGAGGAUGGCUUGGGGGUGCAGCAAGAGCCAUGACAGGAGGAAGUGUCGGAGGUGGAUAUGUGGUUCUAGGUGGUACCAGAUACGGUCUCAGACUUUCUCAGGAAAGUCUGCCGCCAUUGAACUCGCGGGAAGAAUCGCAGGAGAGGCGUCGAAAGAGGAGUUCCAGGGAGAGCGACUCUCGCGAGAGACUGACCGAUCGGUGUCCAGAGAAUUCAGCGGGUCUCGAGCUGAGCACGAGCAUCGCGGAUUGCUGUUGCAUCGGUCCACGUUCGCGUCUACCGUUGCCGAGGGUCCCGCCGUCGACGACGAUCGCCGUUUCGUCCUCGCCGUGCGUAACAGGCGGAGGUGGUGUAGGUGGAGUUGGAGGUGGCGGUGGAGGAGUUAGCUGUGGACAGUCUCCUUUUCCUGGGCCUCCCACGUCUUCGAACAGCCGUGUUGCCGGCGUGGAACAGCCGGCGACGCUGACGACGCCAACGACGACGUCGGCGCAACCGACGUUGGUGAACUCUAAUAAUAACCGAGGGAUGCUGCAAAUGUCGGUGGGGAACAGCACUGGCCAACAGCACCAUCAGGCACAAUCGUCUGCGGCUCUAACGGCGGCGGUACCGUCGGUAUCCACCUCCACGUCGUUCAACACGUCCACCGCCGUCCCGACGCUGCAGUCCGUCUCGGUACCGCGACAGCUAGCACAGUGGACCAAGCAUCAGACGCUGAAGCUGCAGGAACCAGCAGUGAUAGCAGUGGACCGAUUGCACAGGUUCCGAUGGAGCGGGGGCGGAGGAGGAAGUAGCAAAAAGUCCUCUUCCGGCCCCCGGAGCGAAAAGGCCGAGCGCCUUCGAGAGCUCACCGAGAAACUCAAAGGACCAGCUCCUGUACCACCACCUAGAAGGCCUUCGCGGACUCAAGCAUCCUCUCCACCCCCGAGUGGAUACCAAUCACCCUCUCAAAAUUGUCCUCAGACAACGAAUCAAGGAUGCGGUCGCUGCGACGGUCGACCUUCCUGUCGAAGUUACACGUACAGCGAGGGAACCGGGCAUGGUUCGGGCAACCAGCAACACUCUCAGCAAUAUCCACUGCAACACAACCAGCCGAAGACGUUCAACCGGAGUGACAGUGUCGGUGACGAGUGUUACAGUGAGUCGAGUAACGAUGCAUACAGGAAGACGUGCACCGACUCGAGGAGAUCGCGGUCGCUCAGGCAAUAUGAUAGGAACAGUGGUGACGUAAGUGACAUAAAAAACGAGCUGAACGCCAGUGCAGACACGGCGAAACACCUGAGACAGUACAGUGAUUCGGUGGUAGAUAGUGGUACGUGUGUGGACGAUUUGUGUGAUAAUCUGAACACCGCCUCCGGCCAAGGCAACGAGGGUGAAGCCAGGGAUGCGAUCACCAGAUUGGAGCCCAGAGGACCUCUGCUUACGUUUCACAGAGCCGGUGCACCGUUCAGGAGUGCUUCCUUCGGCCAGGUGGACUUCAAUCAAGUUAGUCGACAGAAGGCACAGCCGAUAGCCACGUCGAAUCGGGCCGACAGCAAGGAUGUUCGUGCGAGCACGUUGCCACGAAGACGAGGAGACGUCAGCCCGGUGGUCUCGACACCGCAGAACAGCCCCAAUCGUCAAAGCCCAAGGACCUCGACGCCUAGCGUGGACAGUGCUGUCGGCUCGGCGGAAGGGUUGGGCGUACCUCAGACCGGAAACGUCGAGGAGAUCCGGCCGAGGAGCGAUGGUUCCGACAGCCUGGCCACUUCCAGCGCUCUCACCAGCCCGGAACCGCCGGUUCCCGAGAUCAACGAGCCGAGAGUCGAUCUGGUACAGGCUGACGUACCUCCUAUCGAGAUCGUCACGUCUGAACCCGUUUUUCCGCUCGUUGAAAACGCGCCUAUCGAGGAAACCGCGCAGAAAGAAAACAGGCUGGAGCCUCACGAGGUGAUAAUAACACCCCCACCCGAGGAGCCACGGCUGAGUCAAGCAAGCGAGGGUAGCGAAGCGGCGAGUGAGGCACCCUCCGAGACGUCGUCGCCGUCGGGCAAAACGAGAAGGUAUCGAGGGGACACCAGCAAAAGGAGAAAGGGCGUGUACAUAACCCAAUGGCCGGAGUCCUUGGACACCGACAGGAACAAGCUGUCAGCUCAGAGCAGCGAGGAAAGAGACGAGCCACCUGCGACGCCCAGCGACCUCUCUGAUUGCGAGGGCCACACACCUAGAAGGUACAGCAAGAGGCCUCUCCGCGGCCCUUACGGGCAAAUGCUGGAGGCAGAAAUGGCGAAGCCGCGAACCGCCGACAUCUCUCUCGAGGAAGGUCUUCGUCCACGAAGAAAAGUAUCCGCGAAUCUCUCGUACAACACGAACUCGACUAACAGCGGUUCAGAGCCGCCCACGCCCUGCCAUCACAGAACCACUUCCAGCCCGAGCAAACUGGAAGGUCUUCCGGGACCAAGUCCCGAACUCCUCGCGGAAUUGCUUCGAGGAUCCUCCGAGAGGGUGGCUCGUGCACCCGCGCAUCGAAACGAUACGAGAACUCACGUGGUCGUGGAACUAUACGAUACAGAGCGUUCGUACGUGGAAGCACUGCAAAUACUAGUCAAUAAAUACCUUCAACCGUUGAAAAGCUCUGAAAAUGCAGGCUUGGUGGACUCGGCGACGGUGGACGAGAUAUUUUAUCAGAUUCCCGCUAUUCUCAAUCAUCAUGAAGUGUUCCUGGAGGAAUUACGUAAAAGACUGGAUACUUGGGAGCUUAAACAGACGAUUGGCGAUGUUUUCCUCGAUGUGUUCACUAAGCCAGUCGUCCUGGAGACAUAUACUCUUUUCCUUGAUAAUUGGAAGUCCGCGAGGAAGGCGAUAAAAACAACUUGCCAAGCGAAACCGGCUUUCGCGCGAUUCCUCGAGACAAUGGAACGAGAGCACAAAGGGAAACUUGGAUUGGAUCAGUUAUUGAUCAAACCGGUGCAGAAGAUACCCCGUUACGAGUUGCUGAUCCAGAGGCUGUUGAAGCACACCGACACCACGCAUCCUGAUUUCGAGUUGCUACAAGCUGCCCAAAAAGAGGUGCACGAGUUGGUCGUAAAGAUCAAUUGCACGGAAAGGGAGUCUCUCGAGUGGGAGCAACAGCAAACUACGUUGAGGGAGGUUCAGGCGCUCGUCGAAGGACUGGCUGGUAUCGUGACGAAUGACAGAGCAUUCAUUCGUCAAGAUCUGGUCACCAUCGCAUCGAACCAAGGAACCAGAAAGGAACGGGCGCUAUUUUUAUUUUCCGAUUUACUCGUUAUCACCAGCAUCAAGAGGAGGAGCGGAACUAUCAGAAAACCGUCGACCUCCUGCCCGAAUAGUCUGGUUGGCCUACUCGAAGCGAACAAGUACAAAAUGUUAAUGAGAAUACCGUUGGACGACUUAGAAGUUAUGAAAGCCAAAGAUGAAAAUUUGAGGCGAAUGGCCCGCGAAGUAGAUCAUCUGCGCGAAGACUGCGCAACGUUGACCCAACUUCAGGAGCUGGCAUCCACGUUGCACAGUGCGAAGCAACAAUUGGAGGAUCUGAUCAAGGAUAUGCUGGGCCAGGCGCAGCGUCAAUUAGCCGAGAGGAACGCGGCGCAUUCACAGCUGGCUUGUCUGGAAUUAACGCUUAAUACUCAAGCUGGAAUCGAGAACAUUUCCGUGAUGUUCACGAAGCCGGACAAAAGAGCCAGCUGGGAGGAGAGUUUCAACGAAGCUAAACAGAAGUUAGCAUUGUCCGCUGAUAGGAGGCCCUGUCCAGAAUUCGUGGGACCUCUGCCGAUUCGAAAGACUCGGGCUGGCCUGCAGUUCACCUGUGCUGCGCCCACCUUAGCCAAUGGACAGGGCUCGAGAGACGUUUGGGUGUGCAACAGCGACGGCUACGUGGGCCAAGUGUGCGUGUUGAGUCUGACACCGGAACCGCCGCAGGUGACAUCUUGCAAUGGCGUUUGCAACGCGAGGAUCCUGUGCGUCGCUGGAAUUCCAGCGUGCACUCAAAGAUCGAAUUCAUGCGUGACUAACAACAUUUCGUUCGCGAACAGUAAGAGCGGCAUAAGCAUCUCGGUCCAGGAUGUCGAUGCCAGUGGCGGGAACAUACAGUUAGAUAGUAGCUCGAGCUCCGACGACUCGGACUCGGACGACAUUCCAUGUGCAGAUACGGGUAGCCUGAGUUUGAGUGGCGACGUUCCAAGUAUCGAUAAUGUUACAACAGAGGAGGACGUCAAUCAACCAACAAUGUGGCUAGGUACCGAAGAUGGAUGCAUACACGUUUACAAUUGCAACGACAACAUCAGGAUAAAAAAGAACAAAGUGAAAAUACAGCACAACAGCAGCGUACAUUGCAUCAUAUAUUUGGACAAUAAAGUGUUCGUGUCACUCGCCAAUGGAGACAUCACCGUCUAUUCUCGAGAUCAUAUGGGUGGUUGGAACACACCCGAUCCAACGUCGGUAUCGGUGGGUACCGUCGCUUCUCCAGUGACUAAAAUGCUUCCUGUAUCCGGUAAACUUUGGUGCGGAUGCCACAAUUCAGUGAAGAUUCUCAACACCCACACGUUGGAUAUAGAACAUACGUUCGCCGUUAGCAACGAUACAUCUUUGUCCGUUUCCUGCAUGGCGAGUUCCGGUGGAUUAGGAGUGUGGAUCUCUUUGCACAAUAGCGCCGUGCUGCGAUUAUUCCAUUCUGGUAGCUACGAAUGCUUGACAGAUAUCAAUAUAGCACCAGCUGUCACCAAAAUGCUUACCAGUUGCGAUGACAUAAUACGACAGCACAAGGCCGCCUGUCUCAGGGUCACCGCACUUUUGGCUUGCAACGAGUUGCUUUGGAUCGGCACGAGCGCCGGCGUACUAUUGACCGUGCCAAUUCCCCAUAUAAAGCCAUCCACUCAGAGGAUGUCCCAACCACCGAUCGUGACUGGUAUUCCUCAUGGACAUACCGGACACGUGCGUUUCCUCACUUGCGUGGAAACGAUAACCCCGCCAAAACCAGACCCGCGUCCAAAGGUGAACAGAUACUCUCUGAAAUCUAACAAAGCACAACAGAACAAUAUCAAUCGUGGAAAACUGUUGGUAAUAUCCGGUGGAGAUGGUUACGAGGAUUUCAGAGGUCCACAGGCAUCCGCCGAGCUGCAGGCUGGUCGUGAGGAUUCGACCAAUCAUCUGCUGCUUUGGAAAGUGUGAUCUGAUCUGGCACGGCCCUCGGUAAGGGCCGCAUUUUAUUCGCAUCGGCACGACAUGCCGUGGGAUUCAUUGUUGCGUGUGCAAUUCACACGUAGUCGGGUCCGUCAUUGUCCGAUCGUGACUGUUCAGGACGUGUUCGCCCGACGAUUUUUCAGGGAACGCGGGAAGGUUCUCUGGUUGAUUUUGGCCGAAUGGAUUAAAACCAGGAUAAGGGAGGUCCGUUAUUAUUAAGGUGUCAAGAAGCAAACGGUCGUGGAACCAAUCUAGAUAUGUUUCUCUCUGAUCUUUACGUCAAUACCGACAAGUGAUCAGAUCUUUGCCAUAUAAUUUAUUCGACUCUGGAUCGUUCUGCGACAGAACUUGAAAAUCGGUUCGCUGAAAUCGAACUCAAAACCAGACGAAUAUCUCAAGCCCUCGCUUGCUUAGACUAUCGUCAAAACCCGUGAAAGUCUGAUAUGUAUAUCGCUUGAACGUGAUCUGAUCGUUUUGAAUUUCGUAUUUGAUUUCAGAAAAUCGAUUCCACGCAAAUUUGUACUUUUGCACCGGUUUGAAAUAGAAAAAGUUGGCUUCCUCUCGAUGACACCGGCAAUUAAUUCGUCGGCUGAUGAUUCAGUGUGUCGAUACACUUCGAUAUUUUCAAUAAAGAAGAAGAGUAUACGGAUGAAUCGUAUGUGAUCGUAUAUACGCGUAUUGAUUCGCUCGCGUAUCCCUGUUGCGUCAAAUGUAUAAUAUUACACGUUGGAAUUAAACAUUGAAACGAAAUGAAUUAUUACGAUACCUGGAAGAGCGUUGAAUCGAGCUUAUACUACGUGACUAUUGGCCUAAAAAUAUCAUAAAACGUUAGAAGGGAGCUAAUCGAGUUAAAAGUGCCAAAACGAAUUUAUCAUUGUCCAUCGAUCGACGUCUCGCGCUCGACAAGUAGUAGACGCGCAAUAACAUAACACGUUUUAUUAAUUAUUCACCGAUCGUAAGAAAAUGUGUUCCAUGUUUAAUCGCUAAUGGAAUUCCAGUGAAAAUUCUUUUUUUCCUCGCAGCUCAGACUGGACAAAUAUUUAACCUCUGCCGCGAAUCAAUUUAUUUCGGAUUGGAACGUGAUAAUAUUGUUGUUAUUGUUAGUCGAGGAAAUUAGAAUCUAUAUGACCGGAUAAAGGAGAUUAGGAACGAUCGAAUGAAUGUUCAAUUGUUAAAAGGGAGGCGAAAUUGAAAUUUGUAUUCGAUAAAAUUUGUCGUCCUUCCAUAUUUUUUUAUUUGGGCGAAGAACGUUGUUGAAAGUAGAAGAAAAAAAAGAAAAAAAAAGAAAAGAAUUAUUAAAAGCAUAAGAGAGAUUGUACAAAUCGCAAUUCGAAUAAAGAAGAAUUUCUUCAAAGAUAAUCAAUUACUCGAGGAAAAAUUAUUUCGUUCGUUUAUAUAUGUAUUAAAUGGUACAAAAUUCGAGAGGCCAAUUCGCAUAGUUUCCCCUGCAGUACCUUCACGGUACUUCUCCAUACUUUUUGAUAGUUAUUAAGCUAUUUAUACACCUCCCGCGUGUUUUAUUCGCUUCAAUUUACAAUUAGAGUAAUGAUCUGACUUUUUUACGAGUUUGAGCGGUUCGAGGAUGUAUCAAUCAUGCGUAAUUAAACAUACAGCGUAUUUGACAAUAAUUAAUUGAUAUCGAAAUACUUGACAUAGUCUUACGCAAGACCAAGUGUUGCGUUCCACGAUAGAGAUCUUGAUUUUUAUGAUGUUUAAUCGUAUCUUCGAUUUGCGCACUUUCGCCCUUAUUGAUUUUUCGAAAUUGAUUAUUUCCACACGAGAAUUAUUCGCAUGUCGAUCGGUUCCUUGAUAAACUAAGAAAGAAUCGCAAAUUUUUCAAAUUUUGCACUUUUAAUACGAUGAUUCGUUUGAAAAACCGAGGACAUUUUACAACUUCGGAUGUUACUUUUUGAAUGUCGAUUCACGAAUCUUCUUCCAUUCAUUUUACCAACUUUAGAUCUCUCACGGAGCCAAGGUUAGGUGUUUUAGGGUACGUAUACUUUGGGGGAUUAUUACGAAGCUGUUUGUUGAUUGUAAGAGAUAUUGUAAUAAAUUACGAAUUUGUCAUCCUUCGAUCAUGAAAAUUGAAAGAGAAUCGUAUGGAUGUGUUGUUUAAAUAUAUAUGCAAAAAGAAAAAAAAGCAUGAAAAAAAAACAUAAAAAAAAAGUUUGUUGAAAUGUCUCCAAGGUCUGUUGUCGUUUUUUAAUGGAAGAGCCGAGCGAACGAUUCAAAUGCUUCAAGACUGAUUCGAAUUACUUUAAUGAAUUCGAGGCUUGAAGAUUGGAAAUGAAAAAGGCUUUAAACACCAUGAUAAAAUUCCUUUCUCCAUUAAUUAACAAUACUUACACUUAAGACAAAAAUUUUGAAAUCUUUUCGAUAAAUAAGAUUUUUAAUUUCCAUAUAGCCUUUUUUAUAUCCACUCUUCAAUUCUAAUCGUACAAACAUUCAUCACAUCCUCAAACAUCGAUAUUCCGCCGAAAAAGAUUCAAUCAAGAAUUCGACUUCUCUCUCGACGGCUCGAAAAAAAAAAAAGAAACAAAAACGAUCACAAGAUUUGCUCUACGAUCAUCACAGAGAGACAGAGACAUCUUUUCGAUGUGUACAUAAUUAAUGUCGACAUACCUGUACGUGUGAUAAAUCAUUGUUCGCAAGCCUAUUCGAAACAAGGUAAAAUCUGUUGCAAGUGGAAAAUCGUUGACCGCGUACGGGGGCUUAUAUUUUGUUUAUCAGUGUGAUUUCUAUUAUCGUAGAGAGGCGUAUAUACAGUGUUUUCGCGCGUUUGAACUCGUGAAUGAACGGGAAUAAAAUUGAGAAAAGAGAGAUAUAUUUGCCUUCGACCUUGCGUUCGCCUCGCGAGAAUCAGUUUUCUCGUGAGACAAUGUUUGGUGUCAUAUCGUUUCUUAAGUAUCAGUGACACGUGUGCUUGGAUGGGAUGAUGAAUCGUAUGAAAUGAGAAUGGUGGUCGUUUCAUUAGAAGAAAAGAGUGCAUCGAAGGAAUGGACGAUUUUUUGGUGAUAUUAUGCCUGUAUUGAGAGGAAAGGACAAUUGUUUCGUCGUUAACAUAGUCGAGGAAUGAUAUAAAUGAUGAAAUUUCGUUACGAUUUGUGUAUUUUGUGAGUGUGGAAUUGAACAAAGAUAUUAUAGAUCAUUGAGUAAAAUGGGAUACGAGUGAAAUGGAAAAAAAAAAAGAAGUCGAAUUAUUAUUUAUUGUAUAGAUACUUAAGGUAUACGUGAAAGUACGUCAGACGUAUCACCGAUUGAUACUUGUGUACGAAUGAAUCUGUGGUAUAUUUCUAGUGUGCAAUACAACUAAACAUAAAAGGUGUCAUGUAUUCAGCAACGAUCGCGUCCCGUAAGUUAUUGAUUAAUUGUUGUUAAGUGUCUAGAAGCAAGAGAAUACGUAAUUACGUAUGAAAUAUAUUUGUAUUAUAUGUA